AUGUUUGGGCCUCAGGGAGAAGCACAUCUGGGGCAGAGGGCCCCCCGGUCUCUCCCCUGGCUUCCCUUGCGGCUGCCUUCUCUUCCUUGCUUUCUUUUGCUGCUUCUGCUGAGUUGCUUCCCAGCAGCAGCAGCAACAGCAGCAGCAGCAGCCGCAGCAGCAGCAGCAGGAGCUAAGCAGCGUGGCCAUUCCCCCGCAGUUUCGCUUUCUCUGUGGCCUCCGUUCCCGCUGCCUCCCGCCUCCUUCUCACAGCGCAGCACCCCAGCAGCAGCAGCAGCAUCGGACCCCGCAGCAGCAGCAGCAGCAUUCCCCGCAGCAGCAGCAGCAGACCCCGCAGCAGCAGCAGCAGCAGCAGCAGGAGAGGGCGAGUUGUCUGGAGGCGCGGCGAGCCGGCUGCCGUUGCUGCCGUGCGCGUCUGGGCCUUCGUUCUUAUCUGCUGGGUCGCGCUCGGGCGCAGCAGCAGCAGCAGCAGCAGCAGCAGACCCAGCAGCAGCAGCAGCGCGCGUCUCGUACCGGGGAGGCCCGCUGCUGCCAGCAAGCUGCAGCCGCGCGGGCUGCAGGCUGGGCGCUGCUGCUGCUUUCUUCAGCCCCGAAAAGAAGUCUUGCUUCUCCAUAACUUCCUGCUGCAGCUGCCAGCAGCACGAGGGGGGCCUCCCCCGCAUCUGUUUGCUGCUGCAGCGCCCCAAGGCCUUUUUGUCUCUUCUCCAAAACGUUUUCAUUCCGGGGGCCCCCCCA